AUGAAGAAGAGAAUCGCAAUCUGCGCGAUGGCACAGGCCAAGACACUGCCGGUGGCGAUGACAACGAUCCCACCGAGGAGGGGACCGCAGAGCCCGCAAGAGGAUACCAUGAACCCUUGGACUUCUACCAGGCUUGCAUUGCGCGCGAGCGCAACAAGGGCCUCUACACUGCCGACAGGCAGAUGGAGGAAAACGGUGGAGCGACCUCUACGCGGCAGAAUCCGAACGGCAACGGCCGUCGCCGUGGGCAACAACGCCACGGCCUGGAAUGCCCUGAGGAGCGGGACUAUUAUCCGUAUUGGCAUCCCACGCCUUGGCACGACAUUGCCGUGCUCACGGAUGAGCCACAGGCUGGUCGUUCCAAAUGUCGGAUCCUCACAGGCGGCAUCCAGAGCCGUGACAACCACAACGGCAACGUGAGAAAUGGGCAGCCGCACUAUUACCUCUGGAAGAUCCCGAAGCAUGUGAAAGGCCGCACGGUUCUGCGCAUCCGGUACAACAUCUCAACAGGAGACUUCAACUAUGGCUCUUUGGCACAUCCAAAGGUCGAGGGCACGGAGCUCACAGGUGGCUUGGCCGACGCCUUCUUCAUGGACCAGCGUUUCAACGAUCCCCAACCGAAUACCCGACGUCGAAGGACUGGGUAA